CGCGCGCCCCCGGCCCCGGCCCCCAGCGCCUGGGCCGGAUGUCCCGAUGAGAGAGCCGGCGCUGGCAGCCAGCGCCAUGGCUUACCACCCGUUCCACGCGCCGCGACCGGCCGACUUCCCCAUGUCCGCCUUCCUGGCGGCGGCGCAGCCCUCCUUCUUCCCGGCGCUCGCUCUGCCGCCGGGCGCGCUGGCCAAGCCUCUGCCCGACCCGAGCCUGGCGGGGGCAGCGGCGGCGGCGGCAGCUGCAGCGGCGGCGGCCGAGGCGGGGCUGCACGUCUCGGCGCUCGGUCCGCACCCGCCCGCCGCACAUCUGCGCUCGCUCAAGAGCCUGGAGCCCGAGGACGAGGUGGAGGACGACCCCAAGGUGACGCUGGAGGCCAAGGAGCUGUGGGACCAAUUCCACAAGCUGGGCACGGAGAUGGUCAUCACCAAGUCUGGGAGGCGGAUGUUCCCCCCCUUCAAGGUGCGAGUCAGCGGCCUGGACAAGAAGGCCAAGUACAUCCUGCUGAUGGACAUUGUAGCUGCUGAUGACUGCCGCUAUAAAUUCCACAACUCCCGCUGGAUGGUGGCAGGCAAGGCCGACCCAGAGAUGCCCAAACGCAUGUACAUCCACCCGGACAGUCCAGCCACCGGGGAGCAGUGGAUGGCCAAGCCUGUGGCCUUCCACAAGCUAAAGCUAACCAACAACAUCUCCGACAAGCAUGGCUUCACCAUCCUGAACUCCAUGCACAAGUACCAGCCGCGCUUUCACAUCGUGCGAGCCAAUGACAUCCUGAAGCUGCCCUAUAGCACCUUCCGCACCUAUGUGUUCCCAGAGACCGACUUCAUCGCUGUCACUGCCUACCAGAAUGACAAGAUUACACAGCUGAAGAUCGACAACAAUCCGUUUGCCAAGGGCUUCCGGGACACCGGGAAUGGCCGUCGGGAGAAAAGGAAGCAGCUGACGCUACCCACCCUGCGCUUGUAUGAGGAGCACUGCAAGCCCGAGCGCGACGGCGCCGAGUCGGACGCCUCCUCAUGCGACCCUCCCCCUGCUCGGGAACCGCCGACCUCCCCCGGCGCAGCGCCUAGUCCCCUGCGCCUGCACCGGGCCCGAGCCGAGAAGUCGUGUGCUGCCGACAGUGACCCUGAACCCGAGCGGCCAGGCGAAGAGCGCGCCUUGGUGGCCCUAGGUCGCAGCCCUGCUCGAGACAGCGCCAGUCCCCAUCGCCUGACCGACCCGGAGCGUGCCCGAGAGCGACGCAGUCCAGAAAGAGGCAAGGAACCCGGGGAGAGUGGCGGGGACGGCCCGUUUGGCCUGCGGAGCCUGGAAAAGGAGCGCUCCGAAGCCCGGCGGAAGGACGAGGGGCGCAAGGAGGCCGGUGAGGGCAAGGAGACCGGCAUGGCGCCGCUGGUGGUGCAGACAGACAGUUCGUCCCCCCUGGGCUCGGGACACUUGCCCGGCCUGGCCUUCUCCAGCCACCUGCACGGGCAGCAGUUCUUUGGGCCCCUGGGAGCCGGCCAGCCGCUCUUCCUACACCCAGGACAGUUCGCCAUGGGCCCCGGCGCCUUCUCUGCCAUGGGCAUGGGUCACCUGCUAGCGUCGGUGGCAGGAGGCGGCAGUGGAGGAGGCGCUGGGCCAGCAACCGCCGCGGGGCUGGACGCAGGCGGCCUGGGCCCCGCAGCCAGCGCAGCAAGCACCGCAGCACCCUUCCCGUUCCACCUCUCCCAGCACAUGCUGGCAUCUCAGGGAAUCCCAAUGCCCACCUUCGGAGGCCUCUUCCCCUACCCCUACACCUACAUGGCAGCAGCUGCUGCAGCCGCCUCUGCUUUGCCGGCCACCAGCGCUGCGGCUGCAGCUGCGGCAGCUGCGGGCUCCCUAUCCCGGAGCCCCUUCCUGGGCAGUGCCCGGCCCCGCCUGCGCUUCAGCCCCUACCCAAUCCCAGUCACCAUUCCACCUAGCACUGGGCUCCUCACCACUGGGCUGGUGGAGGGCUCCAAGGCUGCAGGUGGUAACAGCCGGGAACCCAGCCCACUGCCCGAGCUGGCUCUCCGAAAAGUGGGGGCUCCGUCCCGAGGAGCUCUGUCCCCCGGCGGCUCUGCUAAGGAGGCAGCCAGUGAACUGCAGAACAUCCAGAGGCUGGUGAGCGGGCUGGAGAGCCAGCGAGCCCUGUCGCCAGGCAGGGACUCACCCAAGUGAGGGGCUGCUCGCUUCGGCCACGAAGGCCUCCGGGGCUGCCUGCCCCUACUGCUUGGAACGUGUACAGCACAGAAUGGGUAUUUAUUUAAAUAAAGGAGAACAGCAGGCUGCCGCAGCCAGAAUAGAGAGCCUGGUCCCGCAAGCCAGGUUCUGGGGCACUUCCUCGGGCCUCAACCAGGAAUCAGGCCGCCGAGAACACAGUCAGUCGCCAUGGAGCCGCUGGACUCGGUCCAGACCUGCUCCGGCAUCAGUCCAGGUGACAUCGGUGGGGUCUCCGGUCUUCCAGCGCUGUGGGAGAGGCCUCGCUCCUGUCCCCGUGUCCCAGAAGGUGCACGGGCCAGAGGUGGGAUCUUCCGAGUCCCGGGCCCUGGCCCUAGGCCGGACCUCGUGAGAAACUGGGGGGCGGGGAGGAGGGGUGCUGGAGCAAGAGAAGACCUGAGCGGUGCAGACUGGAGCCAGGAGGGGCCUUGGCCUUUUAGCUCCCCGACCUCGUCCAUCCCAGGCAGGUACCCCUCCCGCUCCAGCCAGCGGAGGGAGUGGCGCUCCUGCCUGAAGUCCCCAGGGGGAAAAAGAUAUUUAUGAAAUAAAUGGUAAUUUGUGUAAAUAAGCUUUAAGGUUCCCAGAAUAUGCAAAUUGGUAUUAAUUUAUUCAAAGGUGUACAUUGCUGUGUACUUAUAUUUAGAGAUUAACUCAUAGCAUUUAAUUUUCUUCGUUCUCCAUGAGCAUCUAUAUUGUACAGGGCGUGGGUGGGCACCUUGGCUGAGGAGUCGCCCCCCACCCGCAGCCCGCCGGGAGGAGCCACCCGCCGGCCCCUCGGCCCCUGCGCCCGCCCGGGUUCUGCUGGCCUGGCCCGCGGGCUCCAUCUCAGGUUUUGACUUUUCGCUCCAAAGCGAGAACGCGACGGGAAAAAAAUUCGAGAAAACAAUAAAACGCUACCGUGCGA